CCAGAAUCUGCCUUCCCAUUCCCAUAUAUAGGAGCUCUCCCUCUCCGUGCUCUCUUCAUUUCUCUCCAAUUCUUUCCCAACUCUGCUUCUUCUGAUAUUUCUACACACAGCAAUCGCUACUAGGGCUUCCGCCAGGCCUACGAUCCUCCGAUCAUUUCAUUUCUCGAUGGCCGUUCUCGGACUUCGAUCACCAAUCUGAAACGACGAUAGCAAGCCAGGAGCGGAUCACGAGACCUCGAUUCCACCAUCAUGUUCGAGGCGCACGUUGUGCAUUUGCUUCGAAAAUAUUUGGGUGAAUAUGUCCAUGGACUUUCAGCAGAAGCUUUAAGAAUCAGCGUCUGGAAAGCCCUUUUUCUUUCAGGCGAUGUAAUUCUCAAAGAUCUAAAAUUGAAGGCAGAGGCGCUAAAUUCGUUAAAACUUCCUGUGACAGUCAAAGCUGGAUUUGUUGGUACUAUAACAUUAAAGGUACCAUGGAAAAGUCUUGGCAAAGAACCUGUGAUUGUGCUGAUUGAUCGUGUUUUUGUUCUUGCUCAUCCUGCUACUGAUGGAAGGUCUCUUAGGGAAGAGGAUCGGGAAAGACUUUUUGAAGCUAAACUUCAACAGAUUGAGGAAGCAGAAUCAGCAACCCUGGUAGCAAUAUCAAGAUCAAAGUUAGGAAAUCCACAUGCAGGAAAUUCUUGGGUGGGUUCUUUAAUUUCUACAAUUAUUGGAAACCUGAAGAUAUCGAUUAGCAAUGUUCAUGUCAGAUAUGAGGAUUCAGUCAGCAAUCCAGGAUGUCCAUUUUCUUGUGGUGUUACUCUGGCAAAGCUUGCUGCUGUUACAAUGGAUGAGGAAGGGAAUGAAACUUUUGACACCGGUGGUGCUUUAGAUAGACUACGAAAGUCAUUGCAACUCAAGCGUCUUGCAAUGUAUCAUGAUUCAAACCGCCUUCCAUGGAAGCUGGGUAAGAAGUGGGAAGAUCUUAGUCCCAAUGAAUGGAUUGAGAUCUUUGAGGAUGGUAUAAAUAAGGCGGCAGGAGAUAAUGAAACAGUGUCUGCAUGGGCUCAAGAUCGGAACUAUGUAGUUUCACCAAUCAAUGGAGUUCUUAAAUAUCAUCGUCUAGGAAAUCAGGAAAGAAACAAUCCUGAAAUACCAUUUGAGAAGGCGUCUCUUGUUCUCACUGAUGUUUCCUUGACAAUGACUGAGGCUCAGUAUCAUGAUUGGAUCAGACUUUUGGAGGUUAUUUCAAGAUACAAGACAUAUGUUGAGGUUUCAUACUUAAGACCUGUGGUUUCAGUUAUUGAGGCUCCACAUUUGUGGUGGCAUUAUGCCGCUCGGGCUACCCUCCAGCAGAAGAAAGUGUGCUAUCGUUUCUCAUGGGAUCAAAUAAAACAUUUGUGUGAGCUUCGUCGACGUUACGUACAAUUAUAUGCUGGUUCACUCCAAAAAUUAUCAAAUAUUUAUAUGUCACAGAUUAGAGAUAUUGAGAAAGGUCUUGAUCCCAAAGUAAUCCUUUUAUGGAGGUUUCUUGCACAUGCAAAGGUGGAAUCUGUAAAAUCUAAGGAAGCAGCUGAACAGAAGAUGCUUGCUAAAAGAAGCUGGUUCUCUUUUGGACGGCGUGCUCCCUCCGAGGAUGACUCUGUUGGGGAUGCUUCUGACAAAUCGGAGUCUGUACAGGAAAGAUUGACCAAAGAAGAAUGGCAGGCAAUCAAUCAACUGUUGAGCUACCAGCCAGUUGAGGAGUUCAGUUCACAGUUUGGGAAGGAUUCACUAAAUAUGAUACACUUUUUAGUAAAUGUAUCUAUUGGUCAGGCUGCAGCUAGGAUAAUCAAUAUUAACCAGACUGAGAUCAUUUGUGGUAGAUUUGAGCAGCUUCAUGUGUCGUCCAAGUUUAAACAUCGAACCAUGCAUUGUGAUGUGACAUUGAGAUUUUAUGGGUUGUCUGCUCCUGAAGGUUCACUUGCACAGAGUGUCUCUAGUGAGCAGAAAGUAAAUGCCCUAUCUGCUAAUUUUGUAAAUUCUCCAGUUGGGGAGAAUGUAGACUGGAGGCUUUCUGCAACAAUAUCCCCCUGCCAUGCCACGGUUUUGAUGGAGAGUUACAAUCGCUUUUUGGAAUUUGUGAAUAGGAGCAAUGCAAUUAGCCCUACUGUUGCUGUUGAAACUGCUAACGCAUUGCAGAACAAGAUUGAGAAGGUCACUCGUAGAGCUCAGGAGCAAUUCCAAAUGGUAUUAGAAGAACGAAGCAGAUUUGCUCUUGAUAUUGAUCUUGAUGCUCCAAAAGUUAGAAUUCCUAUAAGAACUGUUGCUUCUACAAAAUGUGACAGCCAUUUUCUCUUGGAUUUUGGUCAUUUCACAUUGAAUACCAAGGAAGAUCCACUCCAUGAUCAGGGGCAAAGUCUAUACUCCCGUUUUUAUAUUACUGGACGAGAUAUAGCUGCAUUUUUCACUGAUUGUGGUUCAGAUUGUCAGAACUGCACAUUGCUGUCCCCCAAUUUUAAUGAUAUACUUUCUGGAUCUCCCACAUUGGAGGAAGCUGAUAACGCAUGCUCUCUCAUUGAUAGGUGUGGCAUGGCAGUUAUUGUUGAUCAGAUCAAAGUUCCCCAUCCAAGAUAUCCAUCAACCCGUAUUUCUGUCCAAGUUCCAAGCCUUGGUGUACACUUUUCACCAGCUAGAUAUUGCAGACUUAUGGAAUUAUUUAACCUACUGUGUGGAGCAGCACAAAGUAGUGCUGUCUCAGAUUUUGAAAAUGUUCAAGCUGAAUUUGUUCCUUGGUAUCCCCCAGAUCUUGCAACUGAAGCUCGAAUUCUUGUUUGGAAGGGUAUUGGGUAUUCUGUUGCUGCAUGGCGUCCAUGUUUCCUUGUGUUGUCUGGAUUAUCUCUUUAUGUGUUGGACUCAGAAAUGUCUCAGAAUUAUCACCGGUCCUCUAGUAUGGCUGGGAAGCAAGUCUUUGAAAUUCCCCCAGCAAAUGUUGGCGGGUCAGUGUCAUGUAUUGCUGUUUGUUCUAGGGGCAUGGAAUCCCAAAAGGCUCUGGAAUCUUUCAGCACACUUGUGAUAGAGUUUCGGUAUGAGGUGGAGAAGGCCACUUGGUUGAGAGCACUCAUGCAAGCAACAUAUCGAGCUUCUGCUACUCCUCCUUCAGUUGAUGUACUUGCAGAUUCAGGUCAUUCAGUUGCUGAAUUUCCUGAAAAUCAAACUGGCAAUUUGAUGCCAGUUGACUUUGUUCUUAAUGGGUCAUUGCUGGAGACAAAGUUAUCACUGUAUGGAAAGUGUGGAGAUGAGGAGCAGGAAAUUCUUGAGGAGACAAGAAUUCUUGAGGUUCUAGUUGGAGGGGGAAAGGUGCAUGUAGUUAGUUCUGAAGGUGAUUUGAUUGUCAAAAUGAAGCUGCACUCCUUGAAAAUCACAGAUGAGCUUCAGGGAUCUUCUUCAUUGAGCCCAAAGUAUUUAGCCUGCUCUGUGCUGAAGAAUGGUGUUUUGUUUGCUUCCCCUAGGAGCUUAGAUCCUCCUGCAAAGGAGAGGGCUUCAGUGGUCUCAGAGGAUGAUGAUAUUUUUAAGGAUGCUUUGCCUGAUUUGUUGUCUAUGCAUGAUUUAGGCACUCAUUCACCAAAUUUUGAUAUAACUUAUGGGGCAAGGUUAAGUAAUAUUAGUGAAGAUACUGAUUUUGAAUCUGUUGGAGACUUAGUUCAUGAGAAAGAAACAGGGAAAGUAAAAAGUGCCUCCGAUGAUUGUUUCUAUGAAGCAGAGGGCAGUGACAACUCUGAUUUUGUAUCUGUCAUGUUCUCAACAAGGAGUCCUACUUCACCUAAUUAUGAUGGUAUUGACACUCAGAUGAGCAUUCGUAUGUCGAAAUUGGAAUUCUUUUGCAACAGACCCACCCUUGUUGCUUUAAUUGGUUUUGGCUUCGAUAUAAGUUGUGCAAAAAGUGGAGCAAGUGAUUCUAGUGCAACAACCUCAGAUCAUCAACCUUUAGUAAACAAAGACAAGACCGAAGAAAAUGAACGUGCUUUUGUCCAAGGCUUGCUUGGAUAUGGUAAAGAUCGUGUAGUAUUCUGUUUAAUGAUGGACGUGGACAGUGUAUCUGUGUUUCUUAACAAGGAGGACGGUUCUGAACUUGCGAUGCUUGUGCAAGAGAGCUUUGUCUUUGAUCUGAAGGUUCAUCCAAGUUCUAUAACCAUUGAGGGCACUUUAGGAAAUCUAAGGCUGUGUGAUAUGUCGCUUGGAAUGGAUCACCAUUGGGGUUGGCUGUGUGAUAUAAGGAAUCAAGGGACUGAAUCUCUUAUCAAGUUCACUUUCAAGUCAUACACUGCUGAAGAUGAAGAUUAUGAAGGAUAUGAUUACAGCUUGCAAGGUCGACUUUCUGCCGUUCGCAUAGUCUUCCUCUAUAGGUUUGUUCAGGAGAUAUUUGCUUACUUUAUGGAACUUGCAACCCCGCAUACAGAAGAAGCCAUUAAACUUGUUGACAAAGUUGGAGACAUUGAGUGGCUGAUUAACAAAUAUGAGGUUGAUGGAUCCUUGGCAUUGAAACUAGACCUUUCACUCGACACUCCAAUUAUUAUCGUGCCAAGAAAUUCAACAAGCAAAGACUUCAUGCAACUGGAUCUGGGGCAGCUGCAACUGAGGAAUGAACUCAGUUGGCAUGGAUGUCCAGAUAAAGACCCUUCAGCUGUACAUCUUGAUAUUCUUGAUGCAGAGAUUUUGGGAAUGAACAUGUCUGUGGGGAUUGAUGGUAGUAUUGGGAAGCCAAUGAUACGGGAAGGCCAAGAAAUUCAUGUUUAUGUGCGCCGCACUUUGAGGGAUGUGUUUCGAAAAGUUCCAACAUUUUCCUUAGAAGUGAAGGUUGGUUUAUUGCAUGCUAUUAUGUCGAAUAAAGAGUAUAAUGUGAUUAUCGACUGUGUCUAUAUGAACUUAUCUGAACAACCAAAACUUCCUCCAACUUUUCGUCAAAGCAAGUCUAUUUCAAAAGACACGAUGAAAUUGCUGGUUGAUAAGGUCAAUAUGAAUGGUCAAGUAUUACUCUCGCGCACUGUUACAAAGAUAGAAGUGGAAGUGGAUCAUGCAUUGCUAGAAUUGUGUAAUGGUGUUCAUGAGGAUUCAGCUUUGGCACAUAUCGCUCUAGAAGGUCUUUGGGUAUCAUAUCGCAUGACUUCUUUGUCUGAAGCAGAUCUUUAUGUGACCAUUCCUAGAUUUUAUGUUUUGGAUGUUCGCUCUGAUACCAAAUCUGAAAUGCGUUUGAUGGUUGGAUCAUGUACUGAUGUUCCAAAACAAGCUUCAACUGGAAAAUCUCCCUUUUCCUUAAAUAAAGGUGGCUUUAUGAGAGUUGACUCUCAAAUUUCACCAAGCAUGGAUGUUCCAACUUCAACAAUGUUUGUAAUGGACUAUAGAUGGCGAUUGUCUUCACAAUCAUUUGUGCUGCGGGCGCAACAGCCUCGGGUUCUUGUUGUUCCAGAUUUUCUUCUUGCUGUUGGUGAGUUUUUUGUGCCUGCAUUGGGAGCAAUAACUGGAAGAGAGGAAUUGAUGGAUCCAAAGAAUGAUCCUAUAAGUAGAAAUAACAGCAUAUUACUCUCUGCUCCUGUCCACAAACAGAUUGAAGAUACAGUGCACCUGUCCCCAUAUCGACAGCUAAUUGUGGAUUCUGCAGGAGUUGAUGAGUACACAUAUGAUGGUUGUGGAAAGACUAUUCACUUAAGUGAAGAAACAGAUAUUAAGGGAGCCAAUUCAUCAAGAUUCCGCCCUAUAAUAGUCCUUGGACGUGGAAAGAGGUUGCGUUUUGUAAAUGUGAAAAUCGAGAGUGGGUCUCUCUUGAGGAAGUAUACAUACUUGAGUAACGAUAGCAGCUUUUCAGUAUCCCAAGAAGAUGGUGUAGAAAUCAUGUUGCUGGACAAAUUCUCUGAUAAUAGCAAUGGCAAUAGUCCAGAUCUCAUGCAAGAACUAUCUUCUAGCUCAAAUACUUCAGCCUAUGACAGUGAUCCUAGUCAGAUGCAAAGUUUCACUUUUGAAGCACAAGUUGUUUCUCCUGAGUUCACCUUUUAUGACAGUUCAAAAUCAUCCCUUGAUGAUUCCUUCUAUGGGGAAAAGCUUCUUCGUGCAAGAUUGGAUUUCAGUUUCAUGUAUGCAUCAAAAGAAAAUGAUACUUGGAUUCGAACUCUUGUGAAGGAUUUAACUGUUGAGGGUGGUUCUGGUCUUAUCGUACUUGAUCCUGUUGAUAUUUCAGGGGGGUAUACAUCUGUUAAGGACAAGACAAAUGUAUCUCUGGUAUCAUCUGAUAUAUGUAUCCAUCUCUCCUUGAGUGUAAUCUCUCUCCUACUGAACCUUCAAACUCAGGCUGCUACGGCAUUACAGUUUGGAAACACUGAUCCCCUGGCUCCUUGUACCAACUUUGACCGACUGUCGGUGUCCUCAAAAGAAAAUGGUGACCAUAACAAUCUUACCUUUUGGAGACCGCAAGCCCCUCCAAAUUAUGUGAUAUUGGGAGAUUGUGUGACAUCAAGGCCAAUUCCUCCUUCACAUUCUGUGAUGGCAGUAAGUAAUACCUAUGGACGUGUAAGGAAGCCUCUUGCAUUCAAGCAUAUUGGCUUACUCGAUGGUAAAGGAUCAAGAGGGGGUGAAGGUCAAUCUGAUAUUGAGACUGGUUACUCUCUGUGGAUACCAGUUGCACCUCCAGGGUACUUGGCAUUGGGAUGUGUAGCAUAUAAAGGAAGCCAACCACCACCUAAUCACAUUGUUUACUGUAUACGUUCUGAUCUUGUGACAUUGACCAUGUACUCGGAGUGUAUUUACACUGCCUCUUCUAAUCCUUGCUUUGUAAAUGGAUUUAGCAUAUGGCGUUUAGACAAUGUUCUUGGGUCAUUUUUUGCCCAUCCUUCAGCUGAUUGUCACCCAAAAGAGAGGUGCUAUGAUCUCAACUAUCUUCUUCUGUGGAGCUCAAGUAGGAAUUAUUCUUUAUUAAGAGAAUCUACAUCAAAUCAAUCUGUUCAGAACGAGUAUGUAAAUCAACAAUCAAGCAAUCAAAGUGCAGGCUCAUCUGGGUGGGAUGUUGUCAGAUCUAUCUCAAAAGCAACUAAUUGUUACAUGUCAACACCAAACUUUGAGAGAAUAUGGUGGGACAAGGGUUGUGAUAUCCGCCGACCAGUUUCCAUAUGGCGACCCAUACCACAUUGCGGUUAUGGUAUACUAGGAGACUGCAUUACAGAAGGGUCUGAACCACCUGCACUAGGCAUAAUUUUUAAGGCUGAUAAUCCAGAAAUCUCUGCAAAGCCUGUGCAAUUUACUAAGGUUGCUCAUAUUGUGAGCAAAGGUCUUGAGGAAGCUUUCUUCUGGUACCCUAUUGCUCCUCCAGGUUAUGCUUCUCUUGGAUGCUUAGUUACACGUAUUGAUGAAGCACCAUUCCUGGAUUCUUUUUGCUGUCCGAGGAUGGACCUUGUUCAUCAAGCUAAUGUUCAUGAGGUGCCUAUUUCAAGGUCUUUCAGUUCAAAGGGUUCUCAGUGCUGGAGCAUUUGGAAAGUUGAAAAUCAGGCCUGCACUUUCCUGGCACGCUCUGAUCUAAAAAAACCUUCAAGUCGUCUGGCAUUUACUAUUGGAGAUUGUGUGAAACCUAAGACACGGGAGAACAUUACUGCAGAGUUGAAAUUAAGAUGUUUGUCAGUGACUGUCCUAGACAGUUUAUGCGGAAUGAUGACACCACUUUUUGAUGCCACAAUCACUAAUAUCAAACUUGCAACUCAUGGUCGACUAGAGGCAAUGAACGCUGUUCUGAUUUCUUCUAUAGCUGCAUCAACAUUCAAUACAAAACUAGAAGCAUGGGAGCCACUUGUGGAGCCAUUUGAUGGGAUUUUUAAGUUUGAGACAUAUGAUACUAAUGUACAAGGAUUGUCAAAGCUUGGAAAACGAGCACGGAUUGCUGCUACCACUACUUUAAAUAUAAAUCUUAGUGCAGUGAAUCUUGACACAUUUUUGGAAACUAUUGUUUCUUGGAGAAGGCAAAGAGAACUUGAGCAAAAAGGAAUAAAACUGAUUCAGGAACCUACUAUGCUUCGUGGCGAAAGACAGGAUUCAGCUUUUGCUGCAUUGGAUGGAGAUGAAUUGCAGACAGUGAUAAUAGAAAAUAAACUUGGAUGUGAUAUCUAUUUGAGGAAAGUCGAGCAGAAUUCUAAUAAAAUGAAACUGCUGUGUCAUGAUGAUAGUGAUUCUGUAUGGGUUCCUCCUCCAAGGUAUUCCGAUAGGUUAAAUAUUGCAGAUGAAUCUAAGGAAGCACGAAGAUAUGUUGCCGUGCAGAUACUUGAAGCCCAGGGUUUACCCAUUAUUGAUGAUGGAAAUAGUCACAAUUUCUUCUGUGCUUUGCGUCUGAUUGUUGAUAGUCUGGAAAUAAAUCAGCAAAAACUUUUUCCCCAGAGUGCGAGGACCAAAUGUGUUAAGCCAUUAAUUUCCAGAACCAAUGAUAUGGAUAUAGGCACUGCCAAAUGGAAUGAAUUGUUUAUAUUUGAAGUUCCUCGGAAGGGGCUGGCUAAGUUGGAAGUGGAGGUGACAAACCUUGCAGCAAAAGCCGGAAAAGGGGAAAUUGUCGGCGCAUCUUCAUUUUCUGUUGGACAAGGCACAAAUACCUUGAAGAAGGUUGCCUCGGUGAGAAUGCUGCAUCAACCGCCCGACAGCCAACACAUUGUAUCACACCCAUUAAGGAGAAAGGGUCAGCUUAACAGUGAUGACAUAAAUUCCAAUGGAUGCCUUCUAGUUUUGACAUCUUAUUUUGAACGGAAAACCACUGCAAAUUUUCAAAGUAGCACACAAACUGGAAAUGAUGCAGACAGGGAUGUAGGUUUCUGGGUGGGGCUUGGCCCAGAAGGUGAAUGGGAGAGUUUCCGUUCAUUGCUUCCUCUGUCAGUGAUCACAAGAAGACUGAAAGAUGAUUUUGUUGCUAUGGAAGUUGUAAUGAGGAAUGGAAAGAAGCAUGUAAUUUUCAGGGGUCUUGCUACUGUAACAAAUGAUUCAGAUGUCAAAUUGGAUAUCUCAGCCUCCCCUGUGUCUAUCAUCAAUAAUUAUGACCUCCCUACAGCUAGAAAGCAACAAUUUACUGAACAAAGCAUAAGUAGUAUAAACAGAUUUUUCAGUACCAUUACUCCUGGGUCUUCCACCAUAUUACCCUGGCAAAGCAUGUCCAAGGACUCUGAUCACUGCUUAGAGGUUCGCCCUUGUGUUGACCAAUAUUCAUGGGGCUAUUCAGUUGCUGUAGGCUCUUUUUAUGCCUAUGGUAAGGAACAAUCCACCAUGGAUCAAGGUCUGCUUUCAAGACAAAAUACAAUGAAGCUAGGAAAUAAAAUAGCUGCCUCUUCUUCCUUCAAGUUAAACCAGCUUGAGAAGAAGGAUGUGCUUUGGUGUUGUCCAAGUACUAGUAGUAAGCAAUUUUGGCUUAGUAUUAGUACAGAUGCCUCAGUUCUUCAGACGGAGCUUAAUGCUCCUGUUUAUGAUUGGAAAAUCUCUAUCAACUCUCCAUUGAAGUUGGAAAACCGGCUUCCAAGCCCUGCAAGGUUCAUUAUAUGGGAAAAACCAAAGGAAGGUAUUAGCAUUGAGUUACAGCAAGGCAUUAUCUCUUCACGGGGCAGUGCACACAUAUAUUCUGUUGAUGUCCAGAAACCCAUAUUUCUUUCGUUGUUCAUUCAAGGUGGUUGGGUUUUGGAAAAGGAUCCUGUUCUUAUUUUAGAUCUUGCAUCAACUAACCAGGCUUCAUCAUUCUGGAUGGUUCAGCAGCAAAGGAAAAGGAGACUACGAGUGAGCAUUGAACGUGAUGUGGGAGGAACCACUGCUGCUCCCAAAACCAUAAGGUUCUUUGUCCCUUACUGGAUCAGUAAUGAAUCCCAUUUAUCUUUGGCAUACCGGGUAGUGGAAAUUGAACCUCUGGAAAGUAUGAGUACAGAUUCCCCUCUGCUCUCAAAAGCUGUUAAAUCUGCAAAAACAGCAUUGAGAAGUCCUUCCAUGGAGAGGAGAUCUGUUGUUUCAAGAAAAAAUGUUCAAGUACUAGAAGCAAUUGAGGACAGAAGUCCAACACCUAGCAUGUUUUCUCCACAAGACUAUGUUGGCCGUGGUGGUGUUAUGCUUUUUUCAUCACGAAAUGAUGCUUACCUGUCCCCAAGGGUGGGCAUUGCUGUUGCAAUUCAAAACUCUGAAAAUUACAGUCCUGGGAUCUCUUUGCUUGAGCUAGAAAAAAAGCAAAGGAUUGAUGUCAAUGCCUUCAGUUCUGUUGGAUCUUACCAUAAGCUUUCAGCCAUACUACACAUGACCUCAGAUAGAACAAAGGUUGUUCAUUUUCAGCCACACUCUUUGUUUCUUAAUAGGGUAGGCUGCCGCCUGUGCCUACAGCAGUGUGGUACUCAGACAUUGGAAUGGAUUACCCCCACUGAUCCUCCAAAACAAUUGGGUUGGCAAUCCUCAAUAAAAGAUGAAUUGUUGAGGGUGCGUUUGGAUGGCUAUGAAUGGAGUGCACCUUUUAGUGUUGAAGCAGAAGGCAUGAUGUGUGUUUCCUUAAAGAAUGAAAAUGGAAAUGAACAAAUGCAUCUGAGGGUGAAAGUAAGAAGUGGAUCAAAGAACUCACGUUAUGAAGUUGUCUUCCGUCCAAACUCAUUAUCAAGUCCUUACAGGAUUGAAAAUCGUUCUAUGUUUUUGCCAAUGCGUUUUCGGCAAGUGGAUGGUGCCAAUGAUUCUUGGCGGUUUCUUCUACCCAAUUCAGCUGCUUCCUUUUUGUGGGAAGAUCUUGGUAGACAAAGAUUGCUAGAGCUGUUGGUUGAUGGGUCUGAUCCACUGAAAUCAGAAAAGUACAAUGUUGAUGAGAUAUCUGAUCAUCAGCCAAUCAAUGUGGGAACUGGACCUUGCAAAGCUAUAUGCGUCACAGUUCUUAAAGAAGACAAAACUAACGUUGUUAAAAUCACUGAUUUGAUGCCUGAAAAUGAAGGAAUCAGCAUUCAAAAACUUCCAUCAUCAUUAUCACAAUUUGUCGGAAAUGAUUUUCAACAUCAACAGUCAAACACUUCAAAUUGUGAAUUUCACAUUAUUAUUGAGCUUGCUGAGCUUGGAUUGUCUGUCAUUGAUCAUACACCUGAAGAGAUCUUAUAUAUGUCAGUGCAGAAUCUUCUUCUAUCAUAUUCAACUGGAUUAGACUCUGGGAUUAGUAGGUUCAAAGUAAGAAUGCGGGGGAUUCAAGUAGAUAAUCAGUUGCCAUUAACCCCAAUGCCUGUUGUCUUUAGACCACAAAGAGCUGUAGAUGAGACCGACUAUAUUUUGAAAUUUUCCAUGACGCAGCAAUCAAAUGGAUCUCUAGAUUUAUGUGUUUAUCCAUAUAUUGGAUUCCAAGGGCCAGAAAAUUCUGCAUUUUUGAUAAACAUUCAUGAACCUAUUAUUUGGCGUCUUCAUGGGAUGAUCCAGCAUGUAAACCUUAAUAGGUUAUAUAAUAAUCAAUCUAAUGCUGUAUCAGUCGAUCCAAUCAUACAAAUUCGUGUCCUGAACAUCUCUGAAGUUCGUCUUAAAGUCUCAAUGACCAUGUCGCCAACACAACGACCUGUGGGUGUACUUGGAUUUUGGUCUUCAUUAAUGACUGCACUGGGUAACACUGAAAACAUGCCGGCGCGAAUAAAUCAAAGAUUUCAGGAGAAUGUGUGCACAAGACAAAGUGUUCUUAUUAGUAAUGCUAUCAUGAACAUUAAGAAGGAUCUUCUUAGCCAGCCUCUUCAACUGCUUUCGGGUGUUGACAUAUUGGGUAAUGCAAGCAGUGCACUUGGACAUAUGAGUAAAGGUGUUGCAGCCUUAUCAAUGGACAAGAAAUUCAUUCAAAGCCGGCAGAGACAGGAAACUAAGAAUGUAGAAGCCUUGGGUGAUGUAAUCAGAGAGGGUGGAGGAGCAUUGGCUAAAGGCCUAUUCAGAGGAGUCACUGGCAUUUUGACAAAGCCUCUUGAAGGUGCAAAAGCUUCUGGUGUUGAGGGCUUUGUUCAGGGUGUUGGAAAAGGAAUAAUAGGGGCGGCUGCACAACCAGUGAGUGGGGUUCUGGAUCUUUUAUCCAAAACUACUGAAGGCGCUAAUGCUAUGAGAAUGAAAAUAGCAUCUGCAAUUGCUUCAGAAGAUCAACUACUCCGCAGGAGACUGCCUCGGGUGAUUAGUGGUGAUAAUUUGCUUCGACCAUAUGAUGAGUACAGAGCACAAGGGCAGGUAAUACUGCAGCUAGCCGAAUCAGGAUCCUUUUUUGGCCAGGUUGAUCUAUUUAAAGUGCGUGCAAAGUUUGCCUUAUCAGACGCUUAUGAAGCCCAUUUUUCACUCCCCAAAGGCAAAAUCGUUGUUGUCACUCAUCGAAGAGUCAUACUUUUGCAACAAAUUUCCAACGUCAUUGGUCAGAAGAAGUUCAACCCUGCAAGAGACCCCUGUUCGGUAUUGUGGGAUGUUCUGUGGGAUGACCUGGUAACAAUGGAAUUGACUCAUGGAAAGAAAGAUCAACAGAACGCACCACCUUCCCGGCUUAUUCUUUAUUUACAAACUACUACUAGAGCCACAGAGUCAAAGGAACCAAUUCGUACCAUAAAAUGCCAGCGCGAAUCCAAUCAGGCUUUCAAAAUUUAUUGCGCAAUUGAAGAAGCAAUGAACACUUACAGGACAACGGAUUCAAAGGCGGCACUGAAAAGGAAGGUGACAAAACCGUAUUCGCCGAUUGCUGAUGCCAGUGGCGGGGAAGGAGUGGCUUCCAUGUGGCCUCCCCAGCAGCAGCAGUUGGUGCCUGGAUCAGUUCCUCUAAGCUCCUCCACUUUUGGCAGCAGAGAAAUGUAUUGAAGGAGGAGGAGGAAACUUAGGAGGCACUAGUCUAGUAGUGUAGUCAAGUCACUUCCGUUUUCGUCAACAGAGGGAGGUUGUCAAGUUUUUGCAUUUCCAGCAAUGCCAAUUUUCGACUGCGGCUUAAAUUUGUUCAAGAAUCAACAAAGCUGCUGCUGCUGCUGCCCCCAUUAGUGGCCCCUUUUUGGCAAAGCAUAAUACUUGCAGCUACCAACCCGAUCGAUCGAAGGUUGUAAAUAUUGAUAUAAACACAUAUAUAUACACAUUACAUUUAAUUAUUAUAAAUGUGCAUUCUUACAUACUUC